AGGACACUUGUAGGCCUACAUAACUCGAGCAGCUCUCUGGCGCCUCCCUGCGGCCGAACACGAUGUCCUCACGUCUCGCUGCAGUCACGUUUUAUAGCUUAGUGUUUGAAGCGAUAACCAAUAGCAGCUUUGAUCUUAAGAAGAAGGCCCGCCUCUUAAAUGCAUGCGGCCUUGCGCAGACCGAUCGAUAAAAUACAUCACAGUACCGCGAGAGCCAAUCAAAAGCUGUGUGCGCGCAAUCUGCGCAUCGCUCUCGCGCUCUCUGCGUACGAGCUGCGCAACGAUUCAUGACGCCAACAACAUGCGGAGGCGCGUUCUGCUCUUCUGGUCCCUCCCCCACGACAUGGAUUGGCUUGUGGUUCCAUAUAUGCUGCGUGAUUGGACAGUUGACAAAUCUAUCCCUUUUAGCCACAACCCUGAACAGUGACAUAAGAGAACAGUGUUGAUAUAACAAGCGCAAUGUACAUUUAACAGCAUAGUUAUUACAUUUUAGAUAAACAUUAAUAACGUAAAGACUUUACAAAGGCUUCAAGAAUUAAUAAACGAAGCACUCGGCUCACGACAUGACGGUUGGCCAAAGGCGGGCUCGCGGAAGACGGGUGUGGAAUGAAUCCUGUUGUGGUCUCGUGUACCGAACCGUGUGACGAGCUGCGCUUCUCUGAGCGACGUGACGCACUGACAACAAGGCAGGUGAGGGGGACGAUGAUGAGCAGGAAAUUACAGGAUGAAGGACUCACGAGGACAAUGAGCAAGUUUAAAGACAGACGGAUGGACGGAUCGGAGUCUGAGAGGGACUCGGGCUUCUCAGACGCCGGCUCUGAGCAUCUGAGUGCAGUUGAUCAUACGGACACAGACGACACCUCGAGAUCUGUGGGGUCCGCAGGGGCCGGUUCUAGAUCACAGCCAGGUGCUGUGGUGGGGGGCGGAGCUCCGUCACCUGUGAUCAUCAUGAUGAAACAGUCUGGAGAUAAUCCUGCUUCUGUAAAACCCUGGAGUUUCAGUCCAGCUGUCGAAGUGGUUCAGCAUCCUCAAGUCGUCUUUCUCCAACCAAUGGUCCCCCAAACAACCGCUGCGGUGUCGAAUGGAGCUCCUUCAAAGCAUCGUCGACAUAGAAAGUACCUCCCCAUCCUCAAAUCCUACCCCAAAAUUGCCCCUCACCCUGGAGACAGUCCACAGACGGGGGGCAGCAGCAGCUCUGCUUCCUCUGUACAGAGUUCAUCUUCCUCUCGGUUGGAUUGCAGUAAAAAAGACGCUCAGCACUGCUCGCAGCCCAGCGCGUCCUCCAUUGCCCCGACUCACACAACUUUACCCAACUCUCCAUCUGCCCUUCCCACUAGUUCAGAUGCUAACAGCGUGAGACCCAAAUCCACAGACGGCCGUCCUGACUCGUCCCAGCACACGCUGGCGGCCAAAUCACGGGACGUUUGCUCCAGCGCCAUGGACGACAAGUCAAAGCGAUUCUGCAACACCUACAAUAUUCUCAGUAAGUCGGGACUGUUGGACAUCACGCUGCGCACCAAAGACUUAAUUCGGCAGAAUCGCCGGACGCAGAGGGAGCUGGAGCGGCUGCGCGAGCACACAAACCUAUACAUGGAAGCUCUGCAGACGGGAGACUCAAAGAUCUGGAGCAAACUUCACAUGAACGUGCAGGAGGAGAACACAACCUCAUGAGGACACACACAUGAGCGUGCAGGAGGAGAACACAACCUCAUGAGGACACACACAUGAGCGUGCAGGAGGAGAACACAACCUCAUGAGGACACACACAUGAGCGUGCAGGAGGAGAACACAACCUCAUGAGGACACACACAUGAGCGUGCAGGAGGAGAACACAACCUCAUGAGGACACACACAUGAGCGUGCAGGAGGAGAACACAACCUCAUGAGGACACACACAUGAGCGUGCAGGAGGAGAACACAACCUCAUGAGGACACACACAUGAGCGUGCAGGAGGAGAACACAACCUCAUGAGGACACACACAUGAGCGUGCAGGAGGAGAACACAACCUCAUGAGGACACACACAUGAACCGCUGAGAACACAAUGAACCCUUGGCAGAUUUUGACGUUUUCAUCUGAAUCUAUUGUAGCUUCUGUCAGAAUAUCUAUACAAGAAACUCUACACACAUGUGUAUUCUUUAGUUUUCUCUGCAGUGCCGUUUUGUAUGACUAGAGUUGAACAUCAUCCAUUAAAGACAAACAGAAGAAAUGUCUGUUAAUAUCGCUUCAUAAAAUGAUUUUUAUAUCUGCUGCAUACUCAGAAAAGUAUCACAUGUGCAUCAGUCCUUUCGUCUUUAUUUGUUGCCUUUGGAGAUAUCUUCUUAUGGCCGAAAUGUUAAACAGUAUCACAUGUGUUCUUAACAGAGCAGGCCAUCCCAGAAUGCACUGCAUUAAGUUCAGUCAUCAACCAAUUCAAAAAGGACUAUUAAUAUCUGUGUUUAUUGGAGGCCUGUUGGUAGAAGAGCUGAUGCAUAUGUAGGGUUCCAGACUGAUGGGUGUGUGUGUGUGUGUGUGCUCACAGGCUUCAGGAAAAGAGCUCUGGUGUGUUGGGCUAAAAGGUGUUGCGCGUGUUUUUAAAGCACGUGAUGCCGUAGCGUUACAUCACCAGUGAAUUCACCUUUGAGGUCAUAAUGGUUAUUAUUGAUGAAAAUGAAGAACUCAUGUAUGAAAAACAUCCAUUGCUCACAAAACAACUAAACACAGAUUCUUAUCAUAACACAAAUGACAAUCACAUCACAUUGGAUGCAUUAAUGCAACAGCUGUUUUCAGUGAUGAUUCCAUUAAUUCCAUGAACUAUUUAAAUAAUGUUUAUUUUGUUAUGGGGGAUUGUGAGCUGUAUCAAUGAGUUGAUCAAUGAUAAAUAUGAUUCUAUAAUGAGUUCAUCCGUGUGUGUCUGUGGCAGCUGUUACUUCAGAAAUGUUUUUAUGAGUCGUCUACAUGAAGCCGGAUCACAUCAUUCAUUCACACGCCUGGUUCAUUUGACAUCCGUGUUUCCUUGUAUUAUUUCACCAGAAUGUGGUGUGAACUGAUCCAGCCUUCUGUCACGUGAAGAUUUUUUACCUGAGGUUUAAAUUUUGUUUCAGAUUCUGCAUUUGACGUGUUCACUGUACAAAAGCUAUUUUGUUGUUCCGUCAUGCUUUAUUGUUAUUAACAAUGUUAAUAUAGAAAUGAAAGCAGUAAUGAGAGAUCUCUCAGACUGCAGGUGUUUUGCUUUGAGAAGAAACUGCAGACGUGUCUCUGUUGUCUCUUUUAUUCUGUCUGAAUCUUUUAUUAUUAUCAGUCUAAUGUCUGAACUAUGGAAGAAACCAUAGAAAUUGUUUUGCUAAAGCAUUAGAAACUUUCUGGUGCCUUAUUGUGUUUUUUGACUGUAGUAUUUCACAUGAAGCAGUGAUUUACUGCAGCAAAUAGGUUCUCUAAGUUCAGGUUUGUCGUGGAGUUGAUCUUUUAAAUAACAUGAUGCUGUAGUUACUAUAAUGACAAAUUCUGUCAAAACCACUUCUGUGUCUUUAUUUUGUGACCUUUUAAAGGCCGUCUGACGCAGUUCUUAUUCUGUAUUUCAAAACAAUCUGUGAUUUUAUGGUUUUAUUUUGCUCUGUUUCCAUCUUAUCUUUUGUACAUGAAAUAAUAAUACACUGUUUUGUCUGUGAACAUUGUUGACAGAACCUUUACCCUCAGUAAUCCUAAACACUGUUAGAUAUGUUACAGACAGAUACAGGUGUGUAGAGCCAGAGAUGAUUUUGAGGUUUGAUCCCAGACAUUGCACAUACUGAGAAACACAUGUAUAGUGUGUAGUAUAAUGCAAUGUAAGUCACUUUAGAUAAAAGCGUCUCCCAAAUGCAUAAAUGUAAUUGAAAUGAUUGUGUUCUAUCAUGUAUGAAGCAACAUAUGACAUAUGACAGCUCCUUCAGUUCAUCUCAACACACGAGAGCAGAUAUCAGAUCUACACAACCAAAGCUUCAACUGAACAUUCACUAUCAUGUUAAUAAUGAGAUUCGGGUUUGUAUUAUUUCAUUUUGUUUACGUUUCCUACACUGUCAGAUGUUUUCAUGUCAUAAAGUCAUUUAAAAUCUUAA